AAUACAUUGUGCCACACCCCCUUUUUUUUUUAACUUUUUAAAACUUUGUACAUUAUUUUUAAAUUAAAAAAGUUCUGAAUUAUAAAUUAUAAUUUAUUAUAUACAUGAGCAAUUAAUGAAUAUAUGAAUAAUGCUCUUAGGAUUAUAGAAUUAUAUAUUAAUUCUAUAAAUUAACUAUGUUUGAAAGUAAAGCAGAUAAAUUAAGUAAUUUUCAUUGGAAUAUUGUUCAAAAUGACAGAAUAUUGGUUAAUAUCUGCACCAGGAGAUAAAACAUGUCAACAGACAUGGGAAACCAUGAAUAAUUUAACAUCAAAACAACAUUCUUUAUCAGUUAACUAUAAAUUUCAUAUCCCAGAUUUAAAGGUGGGAACAUUGGAUCAAUUAGUUGGUUUAUCAGAUGAUCUAGGAAAAUUAGAUGCCUAUGUUGAACAAAUAACACGCAAAGUAGCAACAUAUCUGGGAGAAGUUUUAGAAGAUCAAAGAGACAAACUUCAUGAAAAUCUUUUGGCAAACAAUAGUCAAACGUCAGUGGAUGGGGAGAGCUCGAGCCCCGAAGGGGGUCCGGACACCCCGCCAAACACCCCCGUCACCCCAUCACACAAGUCUUCAAAGGAGCAUCACAAGCAGUGGAAGGAAUCGGAGAAAUGUGAACCAGAACCAGCCGCCUGUUUAGGUCAGCAUCAUUACCAGCGUCAUCAUCAUCACGAACAUCAUCAUAGUCAUAAACAUCACAAUCAUCCUUCUGAUGUUGAAAAAAAAUCAUCACAUAGUCCUCAAGGCAUCUGUGAUGUUAGAUCAUCAAAUGAUCCUUUAUCAGCAUAUUCGUGCUACCAUGCGCAUUGGUGCGCUGCUUCUACCUCUUCUACACCUAUUCCUAGUCCUACUCCUACGAGUCCGAGUCUUUCCCUUUCAUCAAACUGUAGCAGUGAAGGAGAAACCAGAUGGCAGUCGGCGACACAUCAUCGGACUACUGAGAAAGCAGAUCGAUCUACCUCCAAUCGCAAAUCGUUUGGCAAUGACGACGACGAAGACGAUGUGGACCAAAACAACGACCAAGACCAAGACCAAGACCAUAGUGGCAAUUUGCCCAAUCCAGGUGAUCUACCAUCAUAUAUAACUCGAUUCCAGUGGGACAUGGCAAAAUAUCCUAUCAAGCAAUCAUUAAGAAAUAUUGCUGAUAUUAUCAGUAAACAAGUGGGUCAAAUUGAUGCAGAUCUUAAAACUAAAUCUACAACAUAUAAUAAUUUGAAAGGAAGUUUACAAAAUCUUGAAAAGAAACAGACAGGAAGUUUAUUAACAAGAAAUUUGGCAGAUUUAGUGAAGAAAGAGCACUUUAUUUUGGAUAGUGAAUAUUUAACUACUUUGCUUGUAAUUGUACCAAGAGCAAAUUUUCAAGAUUGGUACAGUGGUUAUGAAAAGUUAACAAAAAUGGUAGUACCACGUACUACACAACUUAUUACUCAAGAUUCUGAAUAUGGAUUAUUUACUGUCACUUUAUUCAAAAAAGUUAUUGAAGAAUUUAAAUUACAUGCUCGUGAAAAAAAAUUUAUUGUUCGUGAUUUUACAUAUAAUGAAGAGGAACUAGCAGCAGGGAAAAAUGAAAUAACGAAAUUGGUAACUGACAAAAAGAAACAAUUUGGCCCUCUUGUACGUUGGUUAAAAGUUAACUUCAGUGAAUGUUUCUGUGCAUGGAUUCAUGUUAAAGCUUUGCGUGUAUUUGUAGAAUCUGUUUUAAGGUAUGGAUUACCUGUGAAUUUCCAAGCAAUAUUAUUGCAUCCUCAUAGAAAAUGUGCAAGACGAUUACGUGAUGUUCUUAAUCAACAUUAUGCUCAUUUAGAUUCUUCUGCUACAGCAUCUUCUGCUGCUCAAGGAACUCAAGAUAGUGUGGAUAUACCAGGAUUAGGUUUUGGCCAAAAUGACUAUUUCCCUUAUGUAUAUUAUAAAAUCAACGUAGAUAUGGUUGACAAUAAGGUCUAAUUAUUAAAGACAAAUCUAUUUUCUUAAAUUUUAAAUAUUCUUUAAUUUACGUAACACAUACUUCUAUAACUCCAGGUAUUUAAAGCAGGUGCGUACGCAGUAGUAUUUUCUGUUUACAUGAAAUAUGUUUUAUUUUUUAAAAUUUUGUUAUUUUUGAUUUUCAAUGUAAAUCUAAUUAUCCUUCAUUCACUUGCAGGAGUAAAUUAAAUAUUUACUUAAAAAAUAUUUUUAUAAUAUUUUUAUAAUACAUCAAAUACCUGGAGAGAUGUAUGUACUUUGAUAUUAGCUCAAUAAACUAUGCAUAAUAGGAUGUACAAUCAUUUGUAUAAAUUUUAGCAAACACAUUUGAAUAUAUGUUGCAAACUUUUUUUUUUGAAUGGGCUAUAUUUAAUUGAACAAGAUACCAAUAAAUCAAAUUCAUCAUAUAAUUAACUGCUUUUCAAAGAAAAUUAAAAUAUUGAAAAAUUUAUUGUUUCGAUUAUAAUAACGAUAUAUUGCUUAAAAUGUCUGUAUGUAAAUGUAUCAAAAUUCUUACAAUUAAAUAUAGCACAAUCUAUUUUACAUAGUACUACAUAAUGAACGGAAAAUAUCGUGCCAGAAUAGAAAUUCUGCAAUGUAUAAUUGUAGUAUUUUAUGUAUUGUUUAUAAAAUUAAGAUCAUUGUGAAUAUUGUUAUAAAAGAGAAAGUUCAUCUUGUUAUAAAAACAUAUGUCAUAAUAUCUGUUUUGAUUCAAAUGCUUUUAUCAUGUUUAUUCAAUAAUUCUUCAUAAUGCUUAUAUUAUACAAAAACUAGUAAAAUAAGUAUUAUUCAAAUAUUAAAAUACAGUAAAUUUAUUUCAUUAAAUAUAAUGAAAAUGUUUUAAUAAUGCAAAGUAUAUCAGAUACAUGCUAAUGUAUCAAAAUGUUAUUUAUUGAAAGUUAUAAAACUCCAGACAUAUUUGUUUGACUCUUAAAGUAUUAUUAUUAAUGUUAUAUUUUAAACUUUAGUGGUAUAUAAAAAAAAUUUCAUUGUAAUAAAUUCAGUUCAAGUAUUAAAUUUUGAAAUCUUUAAAGGCUGCACAAAAAUAAAAAAUAAUAAAAAACUGUUAUAGUACAUAUUAUUUAAACAGAUUGUAUUAUAAAUAUUUCGUGUAUAGAAUUUAUGCUUUGCAAUAUUAUUUUAAUUCCUCGCUUAUAUCUUAUUUCUUUAAUAUUUUUAAUGUAUCAACAUAAAUUGAUAUAUGUCUGAAUAUAUUCAAUUUCAUUCUGUACAUACAUAUUGAAAAUAGAGAAAGGUUACAGGUAUAGUAAUAUUCUUCUUGAUUUAAUCAAAUGUAUUUUAAUCUAUGAAUUUAUUUUUAUUUAAAGAAUUAAUUGUUAUCAGUAUUUCAAAGUACAUCUGUAUUUCAAAUUGUUAUACGAUAUUAUUAUACAAUUGACGAUAAAGUAUUAAUUAAAAUAAAUAAAAUUUUAUCGUCAUUAAUUAAAUUUUAUAAAAAAACGUUUUCCUAAGCAUUAAAUAAUAGAAAUAUGCACUCUAUGUAUUAAAGAUAUUAUAUGUAUCAUACUGAUAAUUUUGAAAAUGUAUUAUUUUAUAUGUCAAAAUUAAUUAUAAUUAUAUUUAUAAUUUUAAAGUUUUAAUUGUAAAAACAUUUCAGUUAGAGCGAUGACAAUAUUAGCUAAAUGUUAAAUCAAAGAAAAUAAAUGAAUUAAAUUUAAAUAUAUGUGAUCAAAAAAUUAUACUAUGAUGUGUAUACAUAUUAAAUAUGAAAUAUCAUUUAAUCAUUUGUUAAUUAAAUAGAUUAAAUAAUACUAAGUAAUAAA